AGCUGCCGCACAAGUCUUUGGUUACAUCGUAUUUGACAUAUUAUCGUUGAACCACUCCACCUUACGUCGCAUUCACGCACGCUUAUAAAUUCCCAUCAAAUUCACAACCCCUUAGCUACCAAACCUUUCUUUAACUUCUGCUACAUUUCAGUCAUGCAACCACCACCGUACGAUCACCCCGCCGCCACUGGUUACCCGGUGAGCUAUGGCAGCUACAACAACCCGGUUCCCCCGCCUCAGACAGCUGCACCGCCAUCUCACCACCGGAAAGCUCAGGAAGAUUGGUCCACAGGCCUCUGUGACUGCUCCUCCGACGUCAAAACCUGUUGCAUAACGUGUUGGUGUCCAUGUGUCACGUUUGGCCGAGUUGCAGAGGUUGUUGAUCAAGGAUCAACUUCAUGUGGUGCAAGUGGUGCUUUGUACACACUGAUUAUGUGUGUGCUUGGUUGCGGUUGCUUGUACUCAUGCUUCUACCGUUCCAAGUUGAGACGCCAAUACAUGUUGAAGGAGAGUCCUUGUUCUGAUUGCUUGGUUCAUUGCUGCUGCGAGUCAUGCGCCUUGUGCCAAGAGUAUCGUGAGCUUGAAAAUCGUGGAUUUGACAUGACCUUAGGGUGGCACGGAAAUGUUGAGCGCAACCGGGGAGUAGCCAUGAUUCCAUUUCCAUCAGCUCCAGGAGUUGAACACAUGAAUCGUUGAUCAUCAAUGAAGAAUGGAUAUAUAGUUACAGUUUAUUGAUUUUUUUCAGUUGUUGUAAUUCAUGUUACAUCUUCAAUGAAUAGAUACAGAUACAGUGUUACAAUGUUGGCAGAAUUUUCCAGUACUGUGAUGUGGGUGUUACUGAUACAUAUUUUUAUUUUUGGUACUCAUAUGACAAUCAUUAUCAUGAUCUGAAAUAAAUGUGUUGGGCCUAUUUUGUUUUCUCUGCA